CUAACACUUUUUUUUUUUUUUAACCUGAGCAUUCUCAAUCUCCCAUGAUAUUCAGAUAUAUGGUUCCAGUUUUCGAUCCGCUUUCUCAUUUCAUGUAAGCAAAUUACACUAUACACCCCUCUAAUGCACUCGAUGCGCACUCGACAGAGCAUUCCAGUGUAGCUCGUUUCUCGCCAUAAAUCGUCGAGCCCCAAAUAUUCUCUGAAAUCCAGAAGCCAAUCACGGAUCUGAGUCCGUCGCCGAUCCGAGCGUCGACGGACGAAAUCACCGGAGCUCGAUCAGAUCUCUCAAAAUUUAGGGCGUUAGUUUUUCAUUUACUUUGCCCUGAUUACAAAUUCAAUCAUUCAUAGAAAGCCAAGUCGUCUCAAUUUGAUCUGCAAAUUUCAAUAAAGGCAAUGCUGCGUUUGAAAGCUUUUCGUCCGACGAAUGACAAGAUCGUGAAGAUUCAGUUGCAUCCAACGCAUCCAUGGCUGGUCACCGCCGACGAUUCCGAUCGCGUCUCCGUUUGGAACUGGGAACACCGCCAGGUGAUUUAUGAGCUGAAAGCAGGUGGUGUUGACGAGAGGCGAUUGGUUGGUGCCAAGUUGGAAAAGCUCGCCGAGGGUGAAUCAGAGCCUAAGGGAAAACCUACAGAAGCCAUACGGGGAGGGAGUGUUAAGCAGGUUAGCUUUUAUGAUGACGAUGUGCGGUUUUGGCAAGUCUCGCGUAACCGUUCUGCUGCUGCUGAGGCUCCAUCAUCAGUCAAUACUUCAGCUUUCAGUUCUGUUGCUCCCUCAACAAAAGGAAGGCAUUUUCUUGUCAUCUGUUGUGAGAACAAAACCAUUUUCUUAGACUUGGUGACAAUGCGUGGCCGUGAUGUACCAAAGCAGGAACUUGACAACAAGUCACUUCUCUGUAUGGAGUUCCUCUCCAGAUCAGCAGCUGGGGAUGGUCCUCUUGUGGCUUUUGGGGGCUCAGAUGGUGUAAUUAGAGUUCUUUCAAUGAUUACAUGGAAGCUUGUUCGAAGGUACACUGGAGGUCAUAAAGGAUCAAUUUCUUGUUUGAUGACCUUCAUGGCUUCUUCUGGUGAGGCCCUUUUGGUUUCUGGUGGCAAUGAUGGUUUACUUGUUCUUUGGAGUGCGGACCAUGGUCAAGAUUCACGAGAACUUGUACCCAAGUUGAGCUUAAAGGCUCAUGAUGGAGGGGUUGUGGCUGCUGAGCUUUCUAGAGUGAUUGGAGGUGCACCUCAACUUAUUACAAUUGGUGCAGAUAAGACUUUAGCAAUCUGGGACACAAUCUCUUUUAAGGAGUUGCGUCGUAUUAAACCUGUUCCUAAACUGGCUUGCCACAGUGUGGCAUCUUGGUGCCAUCCUCGUGCUCCUAACCUUGAUAUAUUAACUUGUGUCAAAGAUUCCCAUAUUUGGGCUAUUGAGCACCCCACAUAUUCUGCUCUCACAAGGCCAUUAUGUGAACUUUCUUCACUAGUUCCUCCACAAGUUCUUGCAUCACACAAGAAACUUAGGGUUUAUUGUAUGGUUGCACAUCCUCUACAGCCACACCUUGUUGCUACUGGAACCAACGCUGGUGUUAUUGUCAGUGAGUUUGAUCCUAAAUCUCUUCCAGCUGUAGCUCCCCUGCCAACACCACCAGGAAGCCGAGAGCAUUCUGCUGUAUAUGUUGUUGAAAGGGAAUUAAAGUUGCUCCACUUUCAGUUGUCUAACACAGCAAAUCCAUCCCUUGGAAGUAAUGGCUCCUUGAAUGAAAUGGGAGGGGUCAAGGGAGACUCAUAUGAACAACUACAUGUCAAGCAGAUAAAAAAACACAUCAGUACACCUGUUCCUCAUGAUUCAUAUUCAGUUCUUUCUGUGAGCAGUUCCGGAAAGUAUCUUGCAAUUGUGUGGCCUGAUAUUCCUUACUUCUCAAUCUUCAAGGUCGGUGACUGGUCCGUUGUUGAUUCCGGCAGUGCAAGACUAUUGGCGUGGGAUACAUGUCGGGACAGAUUUGCUCUAUUAGAAUCUUCUCUGGCUCCUAGAAUUCCGAUAAUUCCAAAGGGUGGUUCAUCAAGAAAAGCAAAAGAGGCUGCUGCUGCGGCAGCACAAGCUGCUGCUGCUGCUGCAACUGCUGCUUCUUCCGCUAGCGUUCAAGUUCGUAUCUUGCUGGACGAUGGUACAUCAAAUAUAUUAAUGAGGUCUAUAGGUGGCCGCAGUGAACCGGUUAUUGGUUUACAUGGGGGAGCAUUACUUGGUGUUGCCUAUCGAACAUCUCGGAGGGUUAGCCCUGUUGCUGCAACAGCUAUUUCAACAAUUCAGUCGAUGCCCUUAUCAGGCUUUGGAAGUAGUGGUCUUUCUUCUUUCACCACUAUUGAUGAUGGGCUUUCUUCUUAUAAAUCUCCUUCCGAAGCGGCACCCCAGAACUUUCAACUAUAUAGUUGGGAAACUUUUCAACCUGUGGGUGAUCUUCUCCCUCAACCUGAAUGGACUGCAUGGGACCAAACUGUUGAGUAUUGUGCGUUUGCCUAUCACCAAUACAUUGUCAUAUCUUCCUUGCGACCACAAUAUAGAUACUUAGGAGAUGUAGCAAUUCCGCAUGCGACUGGGGCAGUCUGGCACCGGAGACAAUUGUUUGUGGCGACACCAACUACCAUCGAGUGUGUUUUUGUGGAUGCUGGGGUUGCACCUAUUGAUUUAGAAACAAAAAGGAGAAAAGAAGAAAUGAGACUCAAAGAAGCACAGGCAAAAGCUGUAGCAGAGCAUGGAGAGUUGGCACUAAUCGCAGUUGAUGGUCCACAAAAUGAUAAAAAUGAUAGGAUUUCAUUGAGACCCCCAAUGCUACAGGUGGUGAGAUUAGCUUCAUUUCAGCAUGCUCCUUCUGUGCCACCCUUUUUGAUGCCUAAACAGUCAAAAGUCAAUGGGGAUGAUUCAGCAAUGCCAAAAGAGAUGGAUGAAAGAAGAGUUAAUGAGGUGGCUGUUGGAGGUGGAGGGGUGUCGGUGGCAGUUACUCGUUUUCCGGCAGAGCAGAAACGUCCAGUUGGACCUCUCAUAGUAGUGGGUGUUAGAGAUGGAGUUCUUUGGCUAAUUGAUAGGUAUAUGUGCGCUCAUGCAAUAUCCCUCAGCCAUCCUGGUAUUCGUUGCCGGUGUCUUGCUGCCUAUGGAGAUGCUGUUAGUGCUGUAAAAUGGGCAAGUAGGCUUGGUAGAGAACAUCAUGAUGACUUGGCGCAGUUUAUGCUCGGGAUGGGAUAUGCUACUGAGGCUCUUCAUUUACCUGGAAUAUCUAAGAGGUUGGAGUUUGAUCUGGCCAUGCAGAGCAAUGAUUUGAAAAGAGCUCUUCAGUGCCUUAUGACAAUGAGCAACAGCAGGGAUAUGGGGCAAGAAUCUAUAGGACUAGACUUAAAUGACAUUCUAAGUUUAACAGCUAAGAAGGAAAAUGUUGUGGAUGCCGUUCAAGGAGUGGUGAAAUUUGCAAAGGAGUUUUUAGAUCUUAUUGAUGCUGCAGAUGCUACUGGACAAGCUGACAUUGCUCGUGAAGCUCUUAAGAGGCUAGCUGCUGCAGGUUCCCUGAAGGGAGCUUUACAGGGCCACGAGUUAAGAGGAUUAUCUUUACGCCUUGCAAAUCAUGGAGAAUUAACACGGCUGAGUGGUUUGAUAAAUAAUUUGAUUUCAAUUGGCUUGGGGCGGGAGGCAGCAUUUUCAGGUGCAGUUUUGGGAGACAAUGCUCUCAUGGAGAAAGCAUGGCAGGAUACUGGGAUGCUUGCAGAGGCUGUGCUCCAUGCCCAUGCUCAUGGACGGACGUCGUUGAGAAACUUGGCUCAGAGUUGGAACAAAAUGCUACAGAAGGAGAUGGACCACACCCCUACAAAGAUUGAUGCCGCCACUGCAUUUCUGGCUUCUCUUGAGGAACCCAAGCUCACAAGUCUGGCAGACGCAGGGAAGAAACCACCAAUUGAAAUUCUUCCUCCUGGGAUGGCGUCCCUCUAUGGUCCCAUUCCUAUAGUGAAAAAACCUGCUACUGCCACACAGGGUGCACAGCAACAAGCAGGCAAGCCCUUGUUAUUAGAAGCACCUGCUACUGCCACACAAGCAAGUACUCAACCUUCAUCAGAAUCGAGUGCUCCACCUCCAUCAGAAUCGAGUGCUCCACCGCCAUCAGAAUCAGAUGCUCCGCCGCCAUCAGAAUCGAGUGCUCCGCCGCCAUCAGAAUCGAGUGCUCCGCCUCCAUCAGAACCGAGUGGUUCACCUCCAACAGAAUCAACUGCUCCAGUCCCCUCAGAAUCGGGUCCACAGGUUCCCUCAGAAUCAAGUGUGCAGGUUACCUCAGAGUUGAGUGAACCAAUUUCAGAUAAUCAAACUCCUAUCUCAUCCUCAAUGAAUAUUUCAGAGUCAAUUCCAGGACAAAGUGGCCCAGCAGCAUCUACGAGCCCUGCAGAGGCUCCCCAUCAACCACCUAACAUUCAGGUAAAGAGUGUACGUCCUGAAUUAUCGAUGAUUGACUUUACUUGACAAAAACUUUCAAGCCACCCAUUGACACUAUUGCUUGUAGUAGAUGUUCUACCCAAAAAUAUGUUCUUGUAUAAAAAGAACAGUUUCAGUGUUGAUUUUUUGGGGCGCUAAGUGGAAAUUGGCCUUUAUCUUGAAAACCUUGACGCUUCAUACUUGCUUGCUUUUGUGCAAUUUUGCCUUUUUCAAACAAAAAAGAAGUAAUUAGUUUGAUAGCACUAAUUCUCUAUUUUUUUUCUUCUGUAUUUUUGUUUAGUUUUCUUGUAUAGAGAGCAGAACAAUUUGCAGUUUGUAAUAUUGUAACUUGUUCAUUUUGUCA